GGUCUGAUAACGCGGGUAAUGUGUAAUUGAAUUUCUUGUAAAUUCGCGAAAAUAAUAUAUUUAUUGUUACAUUUUAAUUUUUUUUUUCAUAUUUAAUUUUUUUAUUUAUUCGUUUUUAUUUUGAUUCGUUCCAUUUAAUAGUAUUGAAUAUUUUUUUAUUGUUUUAUGCCAAAUCUGUUGUUACAAUUACCAGUAGUUUUUCAUAAAUUACUAGUCAAAAACUUUGUUAAUACACACAAAUUCCGCUUUUUAAGUUUAAUUAUAUUUUAAGUCAAUAUGGAGUGUAGUUUAGCCUCAACAUAUACCAGUAGCACCGCAAAACCUUCUAGUGCAGUAUCGGGUAAUAGAAGUCCAGCGAAAUCAGGCUUACAUGUCAAUUUUACUGAAAAAGUAGAAGUAAAAGAAAAAAGAGAAAAAUUUUUAACAGCCAAGUAUGGUGCCCAUCAAAUGAGCUUAAUAAGAAAACGUUUGGCUGUCGAAAUGUGGCUGUUAGAAGAAUUGCAAAAACUGUAUGAUUUACCUAAAGUAAGUAAUAAUCAAUUAAAUGUUCACUGAUAUUAUAAUAAUAAA